ACGUCAGCAGGUGCGCGCAAGUGUGAGGCUCGGUGGUAGCGCGCAGGCGCAGUGCGUUUUGUGCAGGCGGGGACGUGUUCCCCCGGCCGGACCCAGGAUGGCAGACGAGAGCAGGCAGAACAAGCUGGCGUCGACCCGGCGGAAGCUGAAGGAGUAUCAGCAGAAGACGACCACUCCAGCACCAACGGGAGGAAAGAAAAAGAAAAAGUCCAAAGAAUCUGAUCCUGAUCAUUUGCCACGGCUCUCUCCAGACCCAGUGAGUCAAACUGCUCAUUCAUUAAUCAUCCUGCCCUGUGUAACACUCCUCUCCUUUUAUACAGCAAUGCCAAAUAAACAGAGGCGGACUUCUUCCUUUUCAUUGUGAAAAUCUGUGAUUUCCAGUUUUAUUUUAUUAGCUCUAAAUUGUAUGUAGCAGAAAUAUUAAAGGACAAGUGUAUUUAAGAUCAUUGAUGAGUGCCGAUUUGUUAAAUCAGUAAUUCUGAGUAAAAUCAGUAAUUCUUUGGGCUCUUACAGACGAGCGUUUUUAGCCGCGCUCGCCUGCA